AUGCCACUCAAGCUGCUAAAGCACAAAUCAUGGCAUGUAGGAAAACGUGAAAAUAUCGAGCGUGUGCGUCGUGAUGAAGCGGCUGAACAAGCGCGUAUUGAGGCUGAUGAGCAACGUAUGCAAGAGGAAGAUGCACGAAAUAGACUUGCUUUGUUGCGUGGAAGGCAGCCUCCCGCUGUCACUCAGACGGAUCCUAUUCACGAGGAACAUGCUGAUCCUUCGCUGACUGGCACUUCAAAGAGAACCAGAAAGCCACGUAAGCGCGACGAUAUGGUUGAAUUGGAUGCACAGCUUCAAGGCAAGCAGAUUGACCCUGAAGUUUCAGAUGAUGCUGAGAAGUUUACAGCUGGAAAGUGUCCUCCACUUGGGACUGCUCCGCCAGUCAGCGACUUCAAGUUCCAGCAGCCAUGGUACGUGACUCGGAGCGAAGAAUCGGAAAAGAAGAAAGCUAGACUCGAUGCAGCAAGAAAGCAAUCGUCUGACCCGCUUGUGGCGAUGCAAGCCUUUCUAGCUCAAAAGAAGGCGCUAGAGCAGCAAAGAGUAGCUGAAUUAAUUACGGACGAGGCAUCGCAUAUACAGGACAGCAGUAUAAAAACAAAGAGAGAAGCGCGUCGACGUCGACAUCACCAUCGAGACUCGUCGCACAAGCCACGGCACGAUUGA